CCAACAGAUCAUUGACUACAGAGCAAGAAAUUCCAGAGAAACCAUGUAACCUGGAAAUAAAUAUUUUCCCUGCAAGAAUGAUGCCUUAUCAGUGUAUUGCUUCUGGGCCUACUUACCCGAGCCUCAGCCUUUUGGCCUCACGCUGUCAGUAUUCAAGAGGAAAGACUUGUGAGCUUAACUUGUAUGAGAGGUGGCUCCUCAGUAUUAAGGGUCACACAGCUAAUCUUGGAGAGGAGUCUUUUGUUAGCAGUAAGAAUGUGAGAGCUCUUCAYUGUAAGGAGGAAGUUAUUCAGCUUCAGACAAUUCAGAAUUUCGGGCAGGAUUUUCAAUAUAAAGAACRAGGUAAAACUUUACUUGAAAAGGCUGCCCUCAUUACUUCUCCUGUGGUCCACCAAAAGGUGAAAUUGUAUAAAUUCAGUACGUUUGGAGAAAACCAAGGCGACAGAUCCACCUUUUUCAUCUCCCAGAGCAUUCAUCCAAAGGACAAGAGUCACAAUGAGCUUAAUGAAAGCAGGAAUAGUUUCAGUAGGACCACCCAAAGAACUGACACAGGAGGAAAACCCUUUGGCCACAAAUCCCACAUGAGAGGACAGCAGAGAAUUCACUUUGAGGUGAAGCACUUUGAAUUUGAAAAAAAUUUCAGCCAUAAUUUACCCCCGCGAGUACAUCAGAGAACCCACACAACAGAUAAACCCGCUGAGCUUAACACGUGUGCAGAAACAUUAAGCUGCCAACCAACUUUUAAUGAGCAUCCAGGAACCCACGUAAGGGUGAAACCCUGCGAGUGUGAUGCAUGUGGGAGAUCCUGCUCUCCGGAUUUAUGCCUGAUUCGGCCUCAGAAAAGUCAGARUGGGGAGAGACCUUAUGGAUGUCCUGACUGUGGGAAAGCUUUCAGUGAGAAGGCACGCCUAAGGARACAUCAGAGAACUCACACAGGAGAGAAGCCCUACAAAUGUGACGCAUGUGAGAAGUCUUUCAGUGCAAAGUCAGGCCUCAGAAUCCAUCAAAGAACCCACACAGGGGAGAAACCCUUCGAAUGCCRUGAGUGUGGGAAGUCCUUCAACUAUAAGUCAAUCCUCAUAGUACACCAGAGAAUGCACACGGGAGAGAAACCCUUCGACUGCAGUGAAUGUGGCAGAUCUUUCAGCCACAUGUCAGGCCUUAGGAACCACCGGAGAACUCAUACAGGGGAGAGACCCUAUCGAUGUGAUGAGUGUGGGAAAGCUUUCAAACUGAAGUCAGGCCUAAGAAAGCACCACCGRACACACACAGGGGAGAAGCCCUACAGAUGCAAUCAGUGCGGAAAAGCUUUCGGACAGAAAUCACAGCUUAGAGGGCACAACAGGAUUCACACAGGGGAGAAACCCUACACCUGCAGUCACUGCGGGGAAGCGUUCAGUCAGAAGUCAAACCUCAGAGUACAUCACAGAACUCAUACUGGGGAGAAACCCUAUAAAUGUGAGGAAUGUGGGAAAACCUUCAGGCAGAAAUCCAAUCUCCGAGGACACCAGAGAACUCACACCGGGGAGAAGCCCUAUGACUGUAAUGAAUGUGGAAGAGCUUUCAGUGAGAAGUCAGUCCUGAGAAAGCACCAGCGGACUCACACGGGGGAGAAACCCUACACCUGUACUCAGUGUGGGGAAGCGUUCAGUCAGAAAUCAAACCUCAGAGUACACCAGAGAACUCACACAGGAGAGAAACCUUACAAAUGUGAUGAAUGUGGGAAGACUUUCAGCCAGAAAUCAAGCCUYAGAGAACAUCAGAAAGCCCAUGCAGGAUUGAAUGUAGGAAUGUAAAGAAGAUGGGAAACAUGGGCAGUCUCUCACCCAGAGUGCUGAUCUCAUCGAUAUCACAGAACCUACCCAGCAGAGAAACGCUAGAAAGAUAAUGACUAUAGGAAAUAUUCUGUGAAU